AUGGGGCGCGGUCGUGAUCGUAGUCGUGAUCGACGUCGUAGUCGUAGCAGAAGUAGAAGCAGAAGUCGCAGUCGAAGUCCUCGUUAUGGAUUAGGAUCGGGUGGUGGUGGCGGUGGCGGCGGCGGUGGCUAUGGGGGUGGAGGCCGUCGGAAUAAUCCUGGCGCCAAUCUACGUAAACCUAAAUGGGAUUUAAGCAGGCUGAAGCCAUUUAAGAAGGACUUCUAUGUACCCCACCCUGAUGUUGAAAAGAGAGCUGAAUCUGAGGUGGAACAAUGGCGGAGUGAAAAUGAAAUAACACUAAAGGGAAAACACAUUCCCAAACCGACCAUGACGUUUGAUGAAGCUGGAUUUCCCAAUUAUGUAAUGGACGAAAUUGACAAGAUGGGUUUCUCUAAGCCGACACCAAUUCAAGCCCAAGGUUGGCCUAUUGCCUUAAGUGGUUGCGAUAUGGUGGGAAUAGCAUCAACAGGAUCUGGUAAAACUUUGUCUUACAUCCUACCAGCUAUUGUGCACAUUAAUAAUCAACCAAAAUCUAGCAGAGGAGAUGGCCCUAUUGCCUUAGUUUUAGCUCCGACAAGAGAAUUAGCUCAACAGAUUCAAGAAGUUUGUGAUAAAUUUGCAAAUACUUCUAAAAUUCACAACACAUGUUUAUUUGGUGGUGCACCAAAGGGUCCUCAAGCAAGAGACCUAGAUGCAGGAGUGGAAAUAGUCAUAGCUACCCCUGGUCGGUUAUUAGACUUUUUGGAGAGUGGAAGAACCAAUUUAAAGAGAUGUACAUAUUUGGUACUGGAUGAGGCUGACAGGAUGUUGGAUAUGGGUUUCGAACCUCAAAUCAGGAAAAUAAUUGAACAGAUUAGGCCUGAUAGACAAACUCUUAUGUGGUCUGCCACUUGGCCGAGAGAAGUGCAAUCCCUGGCUUCCGAGUUCUUAAAAGAUUACUUACAAAUCAAUGUUGGGUCAUUGCAGUUGGCUGCAAAUCAUAACAUCUUACAAAUCAUUGAUGUUUGCAUGGAGUAUGAGAAAGAGACAAAACUGAGUACUCUUUUAAAAGAAAUAAUGGCUGAAAAAGAAAACAAAACAAUUAUUUUUAUUGAGACAAAGAGAAGAGUGGAUGAUAUAACCAGAAAAAUGAAAAGGGAUGGGUGGCCAGCGGUUUGCAUUCAUGGAGAUAAAUCACAGAAUGAAAGAGAUUGGGUAUUGCAAGGCUGGCGCCGCGGCCGGGCUAAGCACAGCCUCGUCGUCGCGGCCCCUCUGAGCCGCUCUGAGGUGCGACGGUGCCUGGCGUGGCGCUUAGCGAGCCGAGGCCUCACCGCUCGCCGUUCGCGUCCCAUUGCGCUUCAAGCGCAACGGACGGCCUCUUUACUAUCACUUGCUUGUUUUAUCCAUUUUCUGUUUGGAUACUUUUUUAUUAACUUUCGCAGUGGAAAAGCUCCUAUACUUGUAGCUACUGAUGUUGCGGCUAGAGGUUUAGAUGUCGAUGAUGUUAAGUUUGUCAUUAAUUUUGACUAUCCUAGUAAUUCUGAGGAUUACGUUCAUCGGAUUGGAAGAACGGGCCGAACUAAUAAAACUGGAACAGCUUACACGUUCUUCACACCUUCAAAUGCAGCCAAGGCUGCAGAUUUGGUUUCAGUUUUGAAGGAAGCUAAACAAGUUGUGAAUCCGAAGUUACAAGAAUUGGCAGAACGAGGCAGCGGUGGUGGACGACGUCACCGUGGCCGUGGGGGAAGAUAUCGUCGAGGCCGACGUUCCCGCUCACGUUCGAGGUCAAGAGACCGCGAUCGUCGUCGCCGUUCCCGCUCCCGUUCGCGCUCACGAGAUCGCCGCCGUCGCAGACACAGCUCCUCAAGAUCUUCCAGAAGUCGCUCCUCGAAAUCAUCGCGAAGCCGUUCACGUUCCCGCUCCCGAUCGAGAUCCCGUUCACGUUCAGGCAAGUGUAGCCCACACAAGGAUGCUCCCCGUGUGAACCAUCCGUCUACGCAGGGCUUACUGCCUACACCCAAGCCACUUUUGCCCACCCCUAUAGGCCCUCAACUCCCAGGCCAUGUAGAAAAACUGCCUUCCAAAGAAGCUUUACUCUCUAAUUCUCGUAACGACCCGAGAGGCAAGAGUAAUGAGCUUAUCUCUUCUAACAUGAGCAACACUGUUGCUCCCAACUCAAAUAACUUUCCACAUCCGCCUAAUGAUAUUCCUUCUCUGAUGAAUAUGAAUCCACAAAUGAACAUGUGUAUGCCUGUGCCUCAAAUGAACGGCCAAAAUUUCGUUAUGCCUACCUUCUUUCCAGACCAAUAUGGCAAUAUGAUGAUUGCACCCCCUUUUACCCAGCCUCCCAUGCAGAAUCCCAUGCAAACGUCGUCUUGGGGCGCUCCGCCACCACCUCCUCCUCCCCCUCCUGAAAGUCAAAGUUACGGACAAAGUGGUUUGGAUCACGGCGGUGUAGACUCAGAUUCCAGAAAAAGAGGACGCUCGGGUGGACUCGAUGGUUCGAGUCAUUAUAGCGGCGGAGGUCUGAGCUCCGGCGGGGGCUCAGGCUAUAGGAGCGAGCUAGGCACAAACGAAGGUCUGGGCUACGGUGGUGUCUGUUCAGACGGUGGUCUGGGCUCCGGCGGAGGACUCGGCUCCGAUGACGGCGGCGGUAGAUCGCGUGGCGGUCGAGACCGACGCAGGCGUGGAGGGCGAGAUCGGGACCAUGGCCAUGACGGUCUCGGUUCAGACAAUUCGAGCGGCGGGCUCGGCUCGGGCGGAUACAGCUCGGGUGGCCUCGGCUCAUGCGGGCUGGACUCUGGCGGUCACGCUGUACCCCAUGGGAGCCUCUUGCCGCGCACGGUUCCCCAAAAUGGCGAUUUCGUAGGACCCCAGGGCGCUAACUUUACAGCGUUCGGUUCGUAUGGGUCCAAAAAUAAAAGGAGCCAGGACAACGUCGACUUUGGUUAUAAUCAGAGCAAUAGUAUGGGUUAUUACGGACAGCAGAGUGUAGGACCCGGGAGGCCAUACGGGGACGGCGCGGAACAGAACGGUGCCGUCGGUGAAAAUAGGAUAGAGAAAAUGGAUACAAUGGUGACUCCCGGCGCCGAAGGAGGCGAUAAAUCUUUGAAUGUGGGACGCGUUAAGAACAAAGUAAACAAUUUAAGAGAGAAGUGA